AUGGAUUUACGAAGGCUCUACAAGAUGAUGGAUGUGUCUCAUCUUUCCAUGGAUGAGGUUGAACACGAACUGUUAAUGCGGAAUAUGAUGUAUGGACUGGACGAGCAUGAGAGCAUUAAGCGGAGAAAGUUGAAAGAUAGGAUGAAGCAGGAACGGGAAAAGAACAUUUUCGUAGCCGCUCCCAUUUGGAGAUCGGUUCCUGAAGAGAUUGAGAUUGUAAGGGCUAAGCUUUCAGUCAUCAGUGGAUUGUUAGACAAUCCGAGAGCCGACGCUCGUCAAAGAGAGAAGUUGUGCACUCGGUUGGUACAUUAUCGUGUCCGAAUCUACAUGAUUUUGAAGUCGCCGGGAGCAGAUAAACAUGUAAAUGAGAUUACGGAUCUGGGUAAACAGGCUAAACAGAUCUUCCGAAAACAUUUUCCUGAAAUGGAACCUGUUAGUGAGCUUCAACUUGAACCCGUUCGGUUAGAAUCGGAAAUUGAUCAAGCCUUAGAGGAAGUCAGAAGCGAAAUCGAAAUUCUUAACGUUACAGCUACGGGUAAUGAGGUAGAAGAGAAGGCCGUACAAACCGAAGCGCGCGGGGGUGUGAAAAAGAAAUCCAUUCAGUUUAAAAAGCAGGAAUUAGAAGCGUCAAUGAAGCGUUGUGAUGAGAUUCUGGGUGUGCUAACAGGAUACGAGGAAGGCAAGCAGGAAAGUGUGAAGGAUGUACUUCAUCACUUCAAAAAUUUUGUUCUUAAUACUACGCAGCAACAAAAAGAGAUGAGGGAAAGGGAAAUUGCUCUAGAAGAGAAACGAAUGAAAGAGGCUGAAGAGAAUAUUGAGCGUAAGAAGAGAUUAGAGAAGCUGUUGAUCACUCUGAAUGAUCAAAUUAAGGCAAAUCAGGAGAAUAUCAGUAGAAGUGCAGGAGAGGUACAGCUAGGAGAGAUCCCUGGAGGGGAAGCAACAUCAGAAGAACUCAAUUCCAGAGAUGAUCGUAUUUUGCAACCGACUAAGGCAGACGAAGCAACAGUUUCUAAACUGCUGUCGUCGGAAGAGAGCAGUACAGAAUUGAGAGCAGAAAGGUCGAAAAAGAUAAAAUCGGUAAGAGAGAAGGAACAGGAGAAAAGAACGGGUGGGAGAAGGGAGAAAUCCCGACGAACCCUACCAGUGAAAUCUAGCAAAAAGCGUCACCGAAAGGUGAGCUUUUCUUCGAUUACGACGAGCACUAGCACGUCUAGUAGCUCACGCACAUCCAGUAGCUCAGAAGCUUCAACCGAUUCUAUCUCGGAAAGUUCAGCUAGUACGAGUGAAUCAGACGAACGUAGGAAGAAAAAGCACAAGAAAGUUAGGAAAGCUAGGAAGAGUUUAAGGCGUAUUCCAGUUUCCGAAUGGAAGCUCAAGUAUGACGGAAGGGAUCAGGGACGACGGUUGGCAGAGUUUCUCAAAGAAGUUAAGAUGCGGGGGAGCUUUUUCGCAGCGCGAUCCAUUUAUUUGCCGGACGUGCUAAGGACUGGUUUAUGGAGGCCUUUGAAAACCAUGACUUCCACAGCUGGUCAGGGUUGA